GAGGAACCCAAAACAUUCAACUCACCUGAUAGCUAUUUCGACCAUAUCUUUCGAUCGUCGCCUGCAGUCUUCUUGAAUAAACCCCUCUCUUUGAAAGACAGGACUGAUACUCAGCACCUGUGAACGUCCAUCGACCUUUCGUCUUUCUAAACUUCUAGAAACACAUCUUCCACAAGCUAACCAUAGCGAUGGCCUACGUUCCAGGCCUUACGCUCCCUGCGUCCGUCUUCUCCAAUGCCCCCGUCUCGAUCCUCCUUCCCCUCGGACUGGGCUUGGGAUCUGGGCUUGUCUCGCAGCCUGGAAAAUUAAGUCCCAAGAGAUUCUCAGACCCGGCUGCGACAGAGCGAGGAAAGUUCAGAAGUGCGCAAGAACAAUACAAGGCUCUAAAGCAUCCUCCUUUCAGACCACCUCCGUGGAUUUUCGCUCCAGCUUGGUCCGCGCUUUAUUUACUCAUGGGGUAUGGGGCUCAUCGUGUCUGGACGAUCGGGUUGGCAAGCCCGAAUCCGCAGACAGUCGAACAUGCAAGAAGAGGAGCAACCUUGUACACGAUACAACUAGGCUUGAAUCUCAUCUGGAUGCCUCUGUUCUUCGGCCUGGGCAGACCUAUUGAAGCCAUGCUCGACGUGGUCACCCUGACCGGCACCGUGGGCUACAUGACCUAUGUCUGGCACAAGGUGGACAAGACAGCUGCAUACUUGAUGGCGCCAUAUCUUGCGUGGCUGGGGUUUGCAACAUAUCUGACAGGCGGGACUGGUCAUCUCAACGGAUGGACGAUCAAGCAAGACGCUGAAACUCAGGAAGAGGCCGAGAAGAAGGAGUCGUGAUAGGAAUUGUGCUCUUGACAUCGCCAGGAGUUCUUCGUCCGUACCCGUGAACUCCCCCAUCACAUAACUUUCAGAGCGUUGGGCAAGGCUUUGAUCCUAUACAUGACGUUGCGACGAAAGAGGCGGAAGAGCAACUUGUUUUCGAGGUCUAAACGAAUGCUGGUCUCGUUUCGGGAAAAGACAAGAGGCCUGAUAUCGCACUCUUCGGUGGCAGGGCACGUGGGCAAGGUACAUGCAAGUUAGUAAUUGAACGACCAUUUAUGAAAUGAAAAGCUUGUAUGAAUCAACUUUUGCCCUCUAUGUGUACAGACUAGCGGUCUCGGCUUCUGCUCUGAUUCCGCACGGAACACAAGCAGGACACAUUCGCAUACCACAAUAUAGCCGAGGAGAUCUAAAUAACGUGGCCCAAGUCAAUAUAAUAGCCACAUCUUAUAUAUAUAUAUAUAUAUAUAUCCCUUCGCGGCGCAGAGCGCUACGUGGAGGUUGGAUUACGCCCCAGUUA